AUGACCGUCGUUACUGCAGCAAACCCGUUACUUCCGCCAGUGUCGGUCAAGCAAUCCAUUUCUAUACAACCGGAAGAUUCCGUUUUUGAUCAACUUGCGGCCAUUCAGCUACCCGACAAAGAAAUCAAUGACAUCUUGAACUUACACGACUCGCUUUCCUUGGAACAAAUCGUCAAUCGCUUCGAUGCCAUCGCUACCAAAAUGACGACUUGGUUACAAACAGCACAAAUGGCAGUCUUUACGCUUGAGAUGAAUGUCAAGGAAGAGAAUCCACAAAGCAUGCAUGAUACCCAAUCGAUAUUGGAAUUCUCUUUCGGUCGAAUGGAGCCACUUGUAUCCAUCCUUGAUGAGAUCAGCAAUGUUGUACUCGACAAAUUGGAUGAUCAUGAUGACGAUGAUAUGGGAAUGACCCCAAUGCAACUACAAGAGCAAAAGAUGAAAACAAGGAUGUCGUUGACCAAGAUUCAAUCCGAGUGGUCUGGAUUGCAGCAUUUUUUGACAUCGGUGAUACGACAACUUGAAAGCAUCAAUGAGAAAAGGGAACUCACCACUCUUAUGGAGCAUGUGUUACAGCAAAUUGAUGACCUAUCAAUUAUGAUGUUCCAGUUUCAGGAAAAACGCCAUGCCACAGCUGCCGUUUCAUCUUCAGGUGCAUCCUCUGUUUGCAGUAGUGAAGCAAUGAGCUCCCCUCUCAGCACCACUAGUAGCGGGUUAUUCUCACCAUCAGUCGCCUCAACAGCCACUGCAACCACUACAGUCAUCACCAAUGCUAGUGGGAUGCCUGAUCCAACAGCAGCAAUAUCAGCUCCUCGUGAUGAUCAAAUUCUUGUCGAUAUCGAUAAUCGGGUUGAACCUCUCUUUCAUGCUGUACAAAAGAUUUAUUCAUCAAUGACAUCAAACACACCCCCGGAUGAUCCUUCAGGUGUAUUGACUCGGAAGCAUAACACAGUCCAAAAACGAUGGGAAGCUUUACGACUUGAGAUUGAUGACCUCAAAGAAGAGCUCAAGGAAGAUCGAUGGUUGACCGUGUUUCGACAAGUGGCUGAUCAAGUGGAUGUGAUGAUUGAUGGAUUGGAGAAAACAGUGACACAAUGCUACGGCAUCAUCCAACAAGUCCGCGAAUGGCACAUUGCAGCACACCCACAACAACAACAACAACAUGGAAACGCCUUUGAACGUUUAUCAAAGACAAUCAUGCGUAAUCUUCCACGGCCCAAUCAUUCCAACAACACAUGUUCAUCACCUCCACCUUUGCCUGUUGAUGGUGAAAAAUUCAAGUCCAUUGAAAAGAACUUUGAAGCAAAGUACAAGUACUAUGCACCUUCCAUUGACAAGAUGCUUGGUAUGCUUGGAAACGGGAUUGUAUCGCGUGUGGCACGUGACAACGUCACUAGUAAGAGGCAUUCCUCAAUGAUGCAACGUUGGACGACUCUCAAGGCCACUAUGGAUGAUUUACGUAUGCGUGAUUUACGUGAGACUGAACGUAUGCUGUAUGGUGGUGGUAGCAGCAGUGGAUGGAAGAGUAUUCGCCACAGGAGCCAUGAAGAUGUGAAAAGCAACACUUUACCUCGAAUGGGCAGCCGUAACCAUGUUGAUGAUCGACGUGUUAGGAGUGUUACCCCUAGUUUGGCAGCCGAUAUGCGUAAAAGCAUGUAUAGCCCAGUACAACGUACGCCACCACGUGCAGCAAGCUCUAUGGCUCAUCACAGCUCUCGUGAUUAUAUUCGACCUAGCACAUCUGAUUCUUCAUCCCUUGAUGGCAACACCACAACAAUCACAGCAGCUUCUCGUCGUCGCAAACUCACCAAAACGCCAAGUCGUCAAGAAGUAAAAUCAUCAUCAGCAGGACAAUUUGGUAAAGAAUCCAAAUCCUUGGGCACACGCAAGAGUCGAGUCCCUGCACGUACAGCAACACCUACUGGAAGAGAAGAGGCAUCAUGGAUGAAACCUACAAAGAGCACCUUGAUGAGGAAUCGACGUACGCAGGAUGAUGAAGAGGAUCAUAGCAACAAGACAACAUCACGCCCCAAAACACCCACUCGUCCCAAAACACCGACACGGCCUAAAACACCUGUUACACGAUCUAAGACCCCAACACCUGGACAACAGCAUAGUCGUAAAACGAUGACACCAGUACCACCACGUCCAAAGAGUAGCCUUGGAUCAAGCCAUCAACGUGAUCAUCAAGCACUUCCACCUAUUCCAGAUCGUGAGAGACGAGCAGCAUCCCCUGUGAAGCGUACAAUGACACCCUCAUUUAUUCCACGUCCAAAGACACCACAACAACAACAUCGUGCACAAUCACCAAGUCAACUUCCAAGACGUCCACGUUCAUCCAUGAUGACAAUGACACCGCCACCACGACCACGACCCUUGUCACAAGUAUUGAUUAAUGCAAUGGAUGAGGAUGAGGAAGAUGAUGUCUAUGACGAUGAUUCAUUCAUGCAUGAUAGUGGCAACAACAAGCGAUUACUUUUACGCAAGAAGCAAUCCAUGCCAGCCGUGCUCCAUCAACGUCAUCAUCACAAUGAUCAUCAUGAAGUAUAUACACCCAAUCGUCGUGAUCCAUUGGAUAUGGAAGUGGCUCGCAUUGUGAACGCAAGUCCUAUCACUGUCAAAUGCCAAAAAGGACCUCUUGGUGGUGGACGCUAUUACUUUGGAAACGAGCUCAAUCCAUCAGUGGGAGGUGGCAAGAAGCUGUACACGUGUAAAUUAAUGAAUUACGCCAAUCGAGACUCAUCACGUCGAUCCAAAGCUCCUCAAAACAAAGUGCUUGUACGUGUAGGCGGUGGAUGGCAAGACCUCGAAAUGUUUUUACUCGAUCAUUCCAAUUUGAUGACCACAGCAGCUACUGAUAUCGUCACUACUACCACGCGUCCCUUUUCCAGCAUGGGCUAUAGCCGAAGAUAA